AACUUUCAUUUUUAAUAUCAAUCUGCCUAACGAAUACAUUCCUUUGAUAGCAAUGGCUCCCAAGCUAUCAUUCUGUUUCCUUUCCCUGGUAGUCGUCGUAUUUACGACUUUGUCCUCCUCCGCCGCUCUUCUCUCCUCGUCCGACUUCCCUUCUUCUCCGCCACCGUCGUAUCCGAAAGCCAUGUCGGAUUUGAAGGAGGCGAUUGUAAAGGGGUUAGGGUUUCAGGCGGAUGAUUUUAAGAUUUCGGGAUUUGAUGUAAGAGAUGUGUUGGUGGGCCGGUCGGUGGCGUAUGAAUUCGACAUUGAAAUAGAUAAACAGGUGUUACCGUUUCAGUUGUUGGAGGAUGUUAAUCGAUGGGAGUAUGUGGAUUUGCCGAUCUUUAGAGUUGAGGAAGAACCUGUGAGGCCUGGCGAUGAGAAUGGGAUAGUGAAGCACAGUGGAAAGCCGGAUAAUGGAUUGCCUGUUCUGGCUCCUUUUCAGCUUGCUGGACCCAUGGAGAUCUGGAUUCAGGAUGCAAAGAAUAUGCGCAUUUCGUUGCCGCAUGAUGUGGAUGCUGGUGUCCUGAAGAAAGUAAUAUUGGCUGAUGGUGCGGUGGUUACAGUUAAGGGUGCUAGAUCAGUCGGCCUACGCCACCCAGUUGAUCUCCCAUUGCCCUUCAACAGAAGUCAAAAUGGUUUUGCUUCUGGUCUUAUGGCCCUUUCUGAACAGCUACGCCAUGCUUCUCGGAACCAAGAAGCUCCACUCCUAUCUCUUCGCAUUGUUGGCCCUACCUCUAUAGCAUCUCCAUCUCCAUCAUCUUCAUCUUCUUCUUCCAGUAACAGACUAAUAUUAAAACGCCUUGCCCCAGGCCUUGUGGAGUUAUCAUCGUUUUCAAAAACACAGCCCUUUGAUGCCUUCUCCCCUCUUGAUUUGGAAGAAGCUGGAAGUGUCCUAACUCCAAAACAUUUCACUACAAUGUGGCCAUUUGCUUCUGUAAAUGGCUCAAAUGCGAAUUUGCUGGGUUUUGAGAAAUUGCUGGUUUCUGUGUUGGGUCCUAAGGCAAAUAAGAAAGGUUCCUUCAGGUUGUUAAAGGCAGAUGUGUCAGCUCAGACAUUUGUGAAAAUAGGAUUUGGGGUUGAAAAGAAGGUGAAAGAAGGGGAUGGAUUAGAUUGGGAGGGCUUUCCUGAGUGGAGGACAAAGCCUGAGACGGUCAGGAUGCAUUUUGAGGUUCUGGCUAAGGUUGAUGGUGACAGGGUUGUACCAGAGAGGGUGAUGCAGGUUAACCCUGCUGUUGUGGAAGAUGCUGUUGCCUCUAAUGUGCUUAUGGGGAAUGUGACCAUGUCUAAGAUCCCUAUUGUGCACACACCCUCUAAACCCCUGACCUUAUAAAUGGUUGGACGGGAGUUGAUUUUGGCUUGGUUAUGAAAGAGUGUAAAUCCUUUUAAUUUUUCCUCACAUUUUUACGAGGAGUUAGAAGAGAUGCAAUUGUAAAGCUAUUGUGCAGAUAAGGGUUAUGUAUUCCUAAUUCAACAUAUGCUAAAUUAAUAUGGGUCUCCACGUAAUCGUAAAAAAAUUACCCCCUCUAUGUACAUGUUCAUGGUGCUGUUGCAGGAAUGAUAAAAUUUUAUUUCCGGUUGUUAGC